UAAUUUGAUGUAUUACCACAACUAUGAAGCCACAGCAAACAGUUGCAGUGGAAAGAGGAAAACGAAAAACUCCUUUUGGUUGCCAUGGAAAUAGCUUCGUGUUCAAUCCCUCAAGCUCUUCAUAUUUCAUUUACCAAAACCAUUACUAGCAACAGAUAUUUUAGCUAUCAAAAACUGCCAAGAACCAGCAAUUUCGAUUGUCUUCCUUCAUUAUCUCCUCCUACUUUCCCUAUAAGCUUCAAGAUUCCCAGAAAAUUUCUGCAGUUCAAUGGGUUCACUGCUUUCAGCUCACUUCCCAAUCAAGAAAGCGAAAACCCUUCUCAAGAACUAGCUGUUCUUCUUGAAUUUGAUGGGAUCUUUGUUGAUGCUUAUCGCUUUGGGAACCGCCAGGCCUUUAAUGCAGCAUUUAAAAAGCUUGGACUUGACUGUGCAAAUUGGUCGGGGCCUGUUUAUGCAGACCUUGUCAAAAAGAAUGCUGGUGAUGAGGAGAGGAUGCUGUUUUUGUUUUUUAACCGUAUUGGUUGGCCUACUUCAUUGCCCACCAGUGAGAAGGAAAGUUUUGUGAAACGUGUUUUGAGAGAAAAGAAAAAUGCAAUGGAUGAACUUCUGCUCUCAGGAGGUCUACCUUUGAGGCCUGGACUUGAAGAUUUCAUAGAUGAAGCAAACAAUGAGGGUGUACCUGUGAUUGUCCUGACUGCCUAUUGCAAAAGUGGGGAGAAAGUGGCUCGGUCUAUUAUUGAAAAGCUCGGUGACAAAAGAAUUUCAAAGAUAAAGAUAGUUGGAAUUGAGGAGGUAGAGCAGAGUUUGUAUGGCCAACUUGUACUGGGUAAAAGAAUGUCUUGUGAUUUGGAUGAACAACUAGCUGAGGAAGUAAAAAGAGCGGCUUCUGCUGAGAAACAAAGGAUAGCCAAGGAGGUUGCAUCCAUACUAAAGUUGAGUGUUGAUCUUGACACGAGUUCAUCUGAACGUUUACAGAAGAUUAUUGCCACACUGCGUGCGGGAGCAGAAUCUGCAGGGUUACCUUUUCAAAAUUGCAUUCUUAUUGCUGGAAGUAAACCUGGGGUAAAUGGAGCUGCGCAAAUAGGGAUGCCAUGUGUUGUUUUACGGAGCAGUUUGACAUCAAGAGCUGAGUUUCCUUCAGCCAAUGCUGUACUGGACGGAUUUGGAGGUGCAGACCUAACAAUCUCUAAGCUACGGAACAAGAGGAAGCCAUAAGAUGGACUCGAGAACUUUAGCUUGUGAAACUGAUAUAUUGAGAUGUGUUUUCUUUUUUUUUUAUACUUUCUUCAGAUCAUAAUCCGACGGUCAGAAAAAAAAGAGCCAAUGGGUCUUGUACAUGUUAGAAUGUAUAAAAGAAGGAUGGUAAGAUCAUUGAACAUAAAGUUUGUUUAGUAGAAUAUGCAGUAUUCUUUGUGAACCC